UGAUGCGCACAACCGUAAAAGGUGCAGGAUUCCCUCUUUGCAAAACGUAGUCGAUGUUCGCUAUCAAAGCCCUCCCCUCUUCGAAUUCCAGAAAGUGAACUCAAAAUCAAUGGCUAGGGCUUCGAGCAAACAUGAUCGCGAUCAAGCUCUGGAUUUCCAGGGAUUUUUGAACGACUUGCAGGAUUGGGAGAUGUCGCUUAAUGACAAAGACAAGAAACUAAAAUCACGAGGUCUUGUCAAGGAAAAGUUGGAGACAAGAGUAGUUGAUGAGGACAGAAAACUGGUGGCAAAAGCUGCCAUAUCUGAUAAUUCUAGUAAUGCAAGACAAUAUGAUUACUCAAGAAAUUAUGAUUCAAUCACGCAUUUAUCAGGUGAUUUCAUGAAAGAAGAGAGUUCUCCCGAUGCUACAUCAGAGAAGGAGUUGGGUAAUGAGUACUUUAAACAGAAGAAAUUUAAAGAAGCAGUUGACUGCUAUUCUAGGAGCAUUGCAUUAUCACCAACUGCAGUAGCUUAUGCAAAUAGGGCAAUGGCUUAUCUCAAAAUGAGAAGAUUCCAAGAGGCUGAGGAUGACUGCACGGAGGCCUUAAAUUUAGAUGAUCGUUACAUCAAAGCCUAUUCACGUCGAUCAACAGCUAGAAAAGAACUUGGAAAACUAAAAGAAUCAAUUGAGGAUGCUGAGUUUGCCCUGAGGCUGGAGCCUCACAACCAGGAGAUCAAAAAGCAGUACGCUGAAACCAAAUCUUUGUAUGAGAAGGAGAUACUGAAUAAGGCAUCUGGAGCAUUGAGAAGCUCUAUGCAGAAAGUGGGAAAGUCAAAGGUGGAAGUGAACAAACAUGUUGGGGCUGUACAAUCUGUAUCAAGAAGUUCGCAGAAAAUUGUAACAGCUGCAAUUCAAGAAGAUCAUAACAAGGACAGUGAUGGACAAGUUCCUGCAAAGACAUCUAUGUCUGUCGAGGAAAUAGAAAACAAAAGUAUGAGAAGUAAAGGACAAGAAGCAAAUGCCUCUUGUGAAGAUGGUGUGCAGAGUUCUGGUUUGGAGAGCUCUAAGAAAAAUCACAAAAAGCAAGAGCUCAAAGCAUCAGUGCAGGAGCUUGCUGCUCGAGCAGCUUCUCUUGCCAAGGCUGAAGUUGCAAAAAACAUCACACCACCAAAUUCAGCUUAUCAGUUUGAGGUUUCUUGGCGAGGACUUGCUGGUGAUCGUACUCUACAAGCUCGUUUGUUGAAGGUGACAUCACCAGUUGCACUACCACAGAUUUUUAAAAAUGCCAUGUCUGCUCCAAUGCUAGUUGACAUUAUUAGGUGUAUUGCCACUUUUUUCACUGAAGAAAUGGAUCUGGCUGUCAAAUAUUUAGAAAACUUAGCCAAGGUGUCGAGAUUUGACACGAUCAUGAUGUGUCUUUCAUCUACAGACAGAGCUGAUCUCCACAGGAUAUGGGAUGAUGUAUUUUGCAACAAUGCAACUCCAAUGGAGUAUGCGGAGAGGCUUGAUAAUCUGCGCUCCAGCUACUGCCCCAAACAAUGAUGUUAUUGGAUACGGGAUUUUGGUAAGAUGUCCCAAACAAUCUGAGUGUUUUGUCUAAUCUGUAUUUCAUUGUAUAUCAGUUAAAACAUGAAACCCUGACACUGCUCUACCAGUUUUGGUCGCUGAACUUUUAAGUGCGACAGCUUUAAACUGUUUGUUGGGAAGUUAUAGAAGAUCCUAGUUCAUUUAUUAUAUUUAACUCGUACAUUUGAUUGUGCUCAAACAAAUAUACCCGUGUGGGAUGUUUAUGGUGGGAUUCAUUUGGAGGGAAAAAAGGGAAAAUAAUGUGGUUUGCUUGAGCUUGAUGUAAUUGUUUGAUCGCUAGAGGUGCAGCGAUGGUGGUGUUACUCUUUA